AUGAAAUUCUUUACCAUGAUCUUAGCAUCCAUGCCUUUUGCAUUCGGGGCUACGAUCGGAAUGCCUCUGCACGAGCGCGGAGAUAGCGGAUGUAUCCCAUUCGAAGAUCCAGACUGUGGCAUCAAUUAUGCCGUAUGCUCUUGCAGCAAUGAUACUGUUAACGAAUGA